UCUUCAAUUGGCGACAAUGAAUCGAUGGUUUGUUUUGUUCGCAGUUUGCAAUGCUGUCAGUGGGAUUGACGCGCGUCCACAGGAACGUUACAUAAUGAAGCCAAAUAGAGAUAUCCCUCACUUCGUAGGUGGUAUCCCAGUACCUUUGGUUGGCCAAAGGCCUGUUAUGCCUAUGCCUUCGCCAAUGCUACUGGGUUUACCCGUCCCUCUAGCAGGAUCAGUUAUUCCAUUAGCACUCUGGCCAUACUUCAAUCAAUUCAACCCCUUUUUCAUUUCAAACGGGAUCUCUAAGCAGCGGGAAAGCACCCCAGUAUCGAUUUCUACAUCCACGAGUUUGGAUUCUGAGAAUGAAAUGACGACUUCUAUCCCUAUGAAGUCAGAGGAAAGUACUGCAGCUCCCCUAACCGCUACGCAGGCCGACCUUCCUUCACCAGUUCCGAUGGCAGAUUCAGGGAAACUAGCAGAUACGGUAAGCCAAGCGGUAACACAACCAUCUGUAUCUACUCCGGCAUAUUCAACGUCACCGUCAUCAUUAGCCAUGUCGACUAUUCCGGUCAUUACGAUUCAGCGAGACGGAGACUACGACUUUGAAUAUAGCGUGAAUAAUCAAGAAAGCGGGGAUAUGAAAAGUCACGGAGAGAAACGAUUGAACGGUGUCGUGACGGGAUAUUAUUCGCUUGUAGAUGCGGACGGGAUGCUGCGCAAGGUCAAUUACACGGCUGAUGCUAAUGGCUUUAGAGCGACAGUUAACAGGCUACCUAUAACCAGCCAAUAGAUCGACUAUUCAAUUAUCACGACGUCUACCGAAAAUAUAAUGGAAUUCUCUUUUGUAAAAACACAACGAUUAUACCUUAGAAACUGGAAAGACGUGAUGAAUUAAUAAUCCGGAAAUUAACUUAAAAAUAUACGGUAAAAAUGA